AAUCUUUCAAAUAAUUUAUUUUUUAAAAAAAAUAAUAAUAAAGAAAAAGGGGUUAAAAAACAAUUUUUGCUUCUGUUGAUGAUUCAUUAAUCAUCAGAAUAUUUUUGAGUUAAAGCUACAAAAACCACAGAAUUGAACAACUAGCAAAUUCAAUAUAUAUAAAUCUCCUUGUUUUCCAGUUGGAUUCACCAAGUAAAAUGGCUGCAUCAUCUGUCCCUCCCAUGAAGCUAGAAUUACCACCAAAAACGAUUCAAGAGAUGAUUAAAACUAUAGGCAAUCAAAUACCAGAAAGAUACAUUUACCAGCCUUCAGACAAAGUGCCUGAUAAUUCCGCGAUUGGAUACAUGGAUAGUCCCAUAAUCAAUCUCAACCUUCUUUCAUCUUCAUCAUUGCACCAACAUGAAGAAGAACUGCAAAAACUGCGAUCCACUCUGAGUUCCUGGGGUUGUUUUCAGCUUACAAAUCAUGGUUUGACAAGCUCAUUACUUAACCAAAUCCAAGAGGUUGAUAAGGAUUUCUUUGCUUUGCCACAAGAAGUGAAGCAGAAGUAUUCUAGAACUUUACAAUGGGUUGAGGGAUAUGGAAAUGAUACGGUUACUGAGGAUCAAAGUUAUAGCUGGAGUGAUAGACUGGUACUCAAAGUUUAUCCUAAUGAUCAGCGAAACUUCAAGCUUUGGCCUGAAGAAUUACCAAAUUUUAGGGAAACAUUAGAUGAAUACACCAAGGAAGUGAGGCGGGUGCUAGAAAUGAUCCUAAAGGCCAUCUCAAAAUCACUCAAUUUAGAAGAAGAUAGGUUCUACAGAGAGUGUGAAGCAGAGCAGAACAUAUAUAUGCUAGCAAGGUUCAACUAUUAUCCUCCAUGUUCAUCCUCAGAUCACGUUUUCGGCCUCAAACCACAUUCUGAUGCUUCAGCAGUUACCAUUCUCUUACAAGACAAAGAGGUUGAAGGUCUUCAAGUACAGAAAGAUAACCAGUGGUUUAAAGUUCCCAUUGUUCCUGAUACCCUUUUCAUCAAUAUUGGAGACCAACUAGAGAUAAUGAGUAAUGGUUUAUUGAAGAGUGCAGUGCACAAAGUAGUGAUUGAUAAGGAGAGAGAAAGAACAUCUGUGGCUAUUGCAUGUUUUCCGCAUACAGAAAAAGAGAUAGGGCCUUUAAGUGAUCUGAUAAACAAAGAGAGGCCACAGCUUUACAAGAAGGUCAAAAACUACGUAAAAACGUACCUCCAGUACUCUCCAACAGCGGAAAGAGCCAUCAAUGCAAUGAAAAUUUAAGCACUGCAGACUCUGGAACGGAGAUCAUGCGUGUCUUUCAGAAUUUGACAUUUCUUAUAGUCUUUACAUAGGAAUAACGCUGCAGAUAUUUGGAUAUAAGUAGUACUGAAUAAAUGAUGUACCCUAAGUUCCAAUUCUGUGCUGAAGUUCUUAUAAGUAGCUUCUACAAGUCAAUAUGCUCUUAUCUAAAGCUAUUGAUUAAUAUGUAUGGGCAGUCUUAUUGUCUUUUCUUUAUGUAAUUAUACACUCAGAAGGUGCAGAACUAGAAAUUCAAGGCAAGAUUAAAAGAACAAUAUAUUGGAAGAAAAGAAGAGGGUGCAACUUCAAGUUUUCAACUCCUUCACCUUCCCAAUUUCAAUAUGUUCAUCACACCCAAACAGCUGGUUUCUUAACAACCCGUGCAAAUGCCCAAACAACUAAUCUAACAUCUCCAACUGAUACAUAGCAUUCUGAUUGUACUUUUUUUUUUUUUUUUGAGGGAGCAUUCUGAUUGUACAUAAUAACAGAAUUAAGGCAAAAUUUCAUGCUAAUGAUC